GGUUGUGAAACUGGGUAAGUUUGGUUUCAUCGGCAGAGAAAGCUUGGCAAUAGUUCUCUACCCACAAACAUUGCUAAUAGUACCCUUGCUGUCCAUCAUCAUGACCCCACUUACUACUUGACUGACGGCGGGUGUCUGACCGGACCGCUGUGCCGCCGGGACCGCUGUGCCGCCGGGAGUGCAGUGCCGCCGCUGCCGCUACCCCCGGACAGACGGAGUGACGCACCCGCCGCUGACAGCGGUCACACGCAGACAUGCAGUCGGACGACGUGAUCUGGUCCAUCAUCAACAAGUCGUUCUGCUCCUUCAAAGUCAGCACUCCGACGCAGAAGUUCUGCCGCAAUGAGUACAACCUGACGGGCCUGUGCAGCCGGGCGUCGUGCCCGCUGGCCAACAGCCAGUACGCCACCAUACGAGAGGAGAACGGCGUGUGCUACCUCUUCAUGAAGACCAUCGAAAGGGCAGCGUUCCCGAACCGGCUGUGGGAGCGCGUCAAGCUGUCAAAGAACUUCGAGAAGGCGCUACAGCAGAUCAACGAGAACCUCAUCUACUGGCCGGGCUUCAUACAGACCAAAUGUAAACAGCGACUGGUCAAGAUUCACCAGUACCUCGCGCGGAUGCGCAGCCUGCGGCUCAAACGACAGAAGAAGCUGGUGCCGCUGCCGAGGAAGGUGGAGCGCCGCGAGGUCCGAAGGGAGGACAAGGCCCUGGUGGCGGCCAACAUCGACAAAGCCAUCGAGAAGGAGCUGCUCGAGAGGCUGAAAAAGGGCACGUACGGGGACGUGUACAACUUUCCGCAGGCCACCUUUGACAAGGUGCUCUCCAAGGAGGGCGUCGAGAGCGACGAGGAGGAGGACGCAGAGGGCGAGGAAGAGGAGGAAGAGGAGCUCGAGGAGGAGCUGGAGAAGGAGUUUGUCGCCGACUUCGCCGAGAGCGACGAGGAGGCUGACAUUGAG